UUAAAACGUCACGCCUUCCACAUGUUUCCCGACGAUUUGACAAUUGAAGGGAGACCUAUUCGGAGUGUGGAGGUGCCUACGCCGGAGGAAACUGAGCGGGAGAUCGCUCAGGACAUGGGAGCGGAUUACCUAUUGGUGAGGACCUUCCUGCUAUUCUGCAACGAAGGUGCCAUUACGUUUGAUCGGGAGCUGCGGCUAGAUUGCACUGAAAAAAAAAAUUAUUUUUGCCAAGAAUAUUUUCUUCCUACUAGUAAAUCUGGGGAUCACUGUAGUGCUGUCUCCGACUUCACUCUAAUCUACGGCAUACUCGUCCUUGUAUGGACAGGAGAAGACGGCGAAAAGAGAAGGAAAUGCAAACCGGAUUUGAUGUUAAUUAAGGAAAAACAAAAUUUGAAGGAGUGA